AUUUACUCAUGAUUUUUAAUCGAUCUAUGUGACCGGAGCACCGCUAGCUCUUCUCUUCUUGAUGGCUGACCGGAGCAGCGGGGAUCCACCCACUUCGCAGCUUAUCCCCGGCCUCCCGGACGGAGUCGCUCUGCAGUGCCUGGCACGACUCCAUCCGAUAUACCACCUCAUCCUCUCUCUAGUCUGCAAGCAAUGGAGGUCCACGGUCCUCUCCGCUGCGCUUCUCACCACUCGAUCCCUGCUCCUCCGCACCACCCAGACCUUUCUCUACCUCAUCCUCCGCAUCGACUCCUCUUUCCACUGGUUCGCCCUCCUCGAUUCCAGAUAUCCGCCGUCGCCUCUCCCGCCCAUCCCUUCUCGGCCCAUCGGCGCCGCUUUUGCGGUUCUGGGUCACAAGAUCUACGUGAUCGGCGGAUCUAUCAAGGAUGUUCCCUCCAACUCCGUCUGGGUUUUCGAUUGCUGGUUCAAUCGGUGGGAAAUGGGGCCGAGAAUGAAGGUCGCCAGGGAGUUCGCCGCCUCAGGAGUUGUGGGCGGGAGGAUAUACGUGAUGGGUGGCUGUGUUGUUGACAAUUGGGUCCGGUCUACUAACUGGGCGGAGGUUUUCGACCCGGUUUCCGGGUCUUGGUCUGCAUUGCCCAGCCCGAUUGAGAUCCGGGACAAAUGGAUGCAUGCCAGCACGGUGAUGGGGAGUAAAGUCUAUGCCAUGGCAGAUAGGGGCGGCGUGGUGUAUGAUGCCAGGGUUGGAGAGUGGGGAACCGUCCCAAAACGGUUGGACUUGGGGUGGAGAGGGCGGGCCGCGGUGGUGGGCGGGGUGCUCUACUGCUAUGAUUCUAGGGGUAAAAUCAAGGGGUAUGACAUGAAAGAAGAUGUGUGGAAGGAGUUGAAGGGUAUUGAGAAGGGGUUACCGAGAUUCUCAUGUGGUGCAACAAUGGUGAACUUUGAAGAGAGAUUGUGUGUGGCUUGGGAAGAGAACGGGAGGGGCAAAGACGUCCAAAUAAUGUGUGCCGAGGUUAAGGUUGGAAGAGAUGAAGAUGGGGGUUUACAUGGGACACUUUUGUGGUCGGAUGCGAUUCUUGCGGUUCCAAAUGGUUCCUCGAUAGCGCAUUGUCUAGCCGUUGAUAUGUGAUGUGUGGAGGGCAUUUUGGGGAUGCCGUUUGUAAAACACUGGGUGUAACAUUAGGAAUGUAAUGUUGUCUUCAUUUGUAGUCCAAGGAUUCAAGUGUAUGUUUGCAAAUAAUGCUAGUAUAGAUUAAUGUUUUGAAGGAUGGAAAUGGGGCUUGAAGGGAGACUCAUUUAUGUCAAAAUGGUGCAUUGUUAUAUAGUUCAAAAUUGGUGACACUUUCACUACAAGGGCCCCUCCAAUGGAGUAGGAGGAUGCAAAUCACAAGAUGAUGCUAAAGAAGGCUGUCUAUAGUUCUGUUGUUU